AUGGAACUGUCCCGCUUCGUGGCAGCGGCCCUGAUGCUCGCCGCGAUCGUGACGCCGUCGCCGUCGGACGCGAAGACGACGAUCGAGCCGUGCUCGGGCUCCGACUCCUGCCCGGCGCUCCUGGGCUACACGCUCUACGCCGACAUGAAGGUCUCCGAGGUGGCCGCGCUCUUCGCCACCGACCCCUCCGCGCUCCUCGCCGCCAACGCGCUCGACUUCGCCGCCCCGGGCGCCGCGCACCGCAUCCUGCCCGCGGGCCUCCUCCUCCGCGUGCCCGCACGCUGCGCCUGCGCCGACGGCGUCCGCAAGUCCGUCGCCGUCCGCUACGCGGCGCGCCCCGCCGACACGCUCGCCACGCUCGCCGACGUCGUCUUCGCGGGGCUCGCCUCCGCCGAUCAGAUCCGCGGCGCCAACGGCCUCGCCGACGCCGACCCGGACGCGCCGCUCGACGCGGGUCAGCCGCUCGUCGUGCCGCUCCCCUGCGUCUGCUUCAACUCCUCCGACAGCAACCUCCCUGCGGUGUACCUCUCCUACGUCGUGCAGGUCGGGGACACCGUGCCCGCCAUUGCAGCUAGCUAUGAGACCACCGUCACGGAUGUCAUGAACGUCAACGCCAUGGGCAGCCCCGUCGCCGCGCCGGGAGACAUCCUCGCCAUCCCAUUGCCAGCAUGCGCAUCCUCAUUCCCAAAGUCUGCUUCAGACCAUGGAUUGCUUGUGGCAAAUGGAACCUAUGCGCUUACUGCUGGCAACUGUGUGCAGUGUAGUUGUGGGCCAGGAAAUCUCAACUUGUAUUGCACACCAGCUUCAUUGUCAGGAUCAUGCCCAAGCACGCAGUGUAGUAACAGCAAUGUGUUGCUUGGCAAUGCGAGCACCCACGCCACGAGUGCAGGCUGCAACGUUUCUUCUUGCAGCUAUGGAGGUUUUGUAAACGGAACCAUUAAAACUUUGCUAAACACUGGCCUUCAACCGAAAUGCCCAGGGCCACAUCAAGUCCCUCUACUCACAGACCCACCAACAAUAGUGAACCGUGACUACUCGACGUCUAUCCCUCCGCUAUCUGCACCAGCACCUGCAGAAGCAGGCGGCGAAAUGCCGGAACCCCCGCCGAGUUCGUCGGUGCAAGGAGGGUCCUUCACACUCCCCAGAAUGUCUCCAGCGGAUGGCCCCGCUGGAAGCGUCUCAGAGGCACCACUUAUGACGAGCAAACCGCGGAAAAUCCUAUCCUGGUUCAUUUUGUGUCUGUUUCUCCACUUCCAUAUGUGAA